UUUUUUAAUUGUUGUAAUAAUUAUGGGUUGGUGGCCGCUGGUGUUGCUACUGGUAUUUUUGGCGUGCGCCUUCAGUCAGGAGACAGGUGAGGAGUGUUUGGCCAAAUUUAAGAAAGGCCGCGAAGAUUUUGUGUUGGACGUCGACGAGUCCGUGAAGGACGGGGCCAUGUUCAUCUCGUCCCCCAAACUGGACCGCUCCAGAGACUGCGUGGCGGCCUGCUGCAAGGAGGAAAAGUGCAAUGUGGCCUUCAUGCAGGGGGGUGCUGAGGAGAACUCCAUCAAAUCCUGCUUCCUCUUUAACUGCCUCUACAAGAAGAAAUACGCCUGUCGCUUUGUAAGGAAGAAAGGUUACUACAACUACAUCCUGGACUCUGUCUACGAGAGCUACCUCGAAGUAGAUCUCCCACCAAAAGAAACCGACCGUCCACCAGUGGCCAAUGGAGGCCAGGACCGCGUGGUCCAGCCUCAAGACAGCGUGACGCUGAACGGCUUGGAGAGCAAAGACGACGAAGGGAUUGUGUCCUAUUUGUGGCAAAUGCUUACCAAGUAUCCCUAUGCUGUGAUAGAGAAAACCAGCUUCGAUGACCAGAUUAUUGUGUCCAAUCUGACGUCGGGAAUGUACAAAUUCCAAUUGACGGUCACGGACACCAUUGGUCAGUCGGACUCGACCAAAGUCACUGUUCUGGUUCUUACACCUGAACAGUCGGAACAUCACUGUAUGGCUCCAAAGAAGAUUGGACCAUGUCGCGGUGCCUUCCCCCGGUGGCACUACAACGCCGCUUCGCAGAAGUGCGAGGGGUUUGUGUUCGGCGGCUGCAGGGAAAACCUGAAUAACUAUCUUUCGAAGGACGAAUGCACAAAUGCGUGCUAUGGCACGGAAAAAAGGGGUAGUGGUAGAGGUUUACCAGUUCCAGAUCAACGAGAAAAGUGUGGCGUCGCAUGCACCCCCGAGCAGUUCACUUGUGCAAACGGCUGCUGUUUGGAACCCGGCUUGGAGUGUGACUCAACCGCUCAAUGUAGCGACGGCUCAGAUGAGCAAAAAUGCAAGGAUUUGGACAACACAUUUCAGAUUUUGCUGAAGAUUCCAGUGGAUGAGCAAAAAGUGCGCUGCACUGAGCCCCCACAGACAGGCAGCUGCAGGGACACUCUCAGUAAGUGGUACUACAACCCUCUCCAGCAGGACUGCAGUCUCUUCAACUACGGCGGGUGCCAGGGUAACGAAAAUCGAUUUGACACCAAGGAGGGCUGCCUCAAGGUCUGCAGAGGUGUGACAGAAAAAGAUGUGUUUGCAAGAAGAGAGGAGUUUGAGCGUAGAGUGUCAGAAAGCAAGACAGGUGUUAUAGCAAUAGUAGCUGUCCUGGCUAUCGCCAUUGUCAUCCUAUUGGGCAUCCUGUUGUAUUGCUUCAUGAAAGGAAAGAAGAAGUCGCCACAGCACCACCGUGUGCCUGUCAACAACGCUCCGCUCACCUCCAUAGAAGACAGGGAGCAUCUGGUCUACAACAGUACCACCAAGCCCAUCUGACCCCAGAGCAGACGCCAGAGCCGUGCCAUUUACUGAAUGAACUCUGAUUGAUGAGAGACAACCAGGUCUUCUCAUUCCACACGUGGAACUGUUUUGUGUGUGUAAAGUUUGUCAAGGCAAUAUAUGUACAGGAGGCGCAGUGUCUUUGAAAAUGUUAAGUGUGAUGUUUAAAUAUUUGAUUUUCACUCAAGUUUGUUUUUAACACUGUUUUGUCGACUAAACAUUUAGAUUAACAGGGAACUUGAUUCAUUUCAUCUGUUAGAUGACCUCUGCAUACUUCAUUUAGCCCCGCUUCAUAAUAGCCUGUUACUUCAAAGUAAAAGUCGUCUUUCUUCAAACGCAACACUUGAGCUUGAUGUCAUGCUCCUUUUAACUCACUGACAUCUCCUGUCUGACUUGUCAUGCUUUAUCUUCUACUUUUUACUCCCUUGGAUGAUCUGAAUAACAUAGGAACAAUCCAUAAUCUUGAUUAAAGAGAUUUUAGAAGGAAUGUUUUGUUUUUAAAAGUGUUUUUAUAGCCGGCUUAAUGCAUGCUAAUACAUACCUAAAUAAAAUAGCCUUGUUGAUCACGUGACCCAAGUUGUUGUCUUGAGCAGUGUCAUGAUGGUUAAGCCAAAUAAAAGAAUUACCUCCACAUGCUA